CCAUUUUCAUUAACUCAUUAUGAAAUUGAGUGCUAACUAGUUGCCAUUCUGUUAGUGUUAUCAGUUCAAAGAAAAACAUGAGUUCAUCUAACCAGUUAAACCAGAGCAGCAGGUUCCUAGCAAAUAAACCAAGGAAUGAGGUUAAUGUGCAGGGAUACACCUUCAGAAUUGAUGUUAAGAAUUCCGCAGGAAACACAACAUUUGUGAUGAACUAUGGACGUUGGUCAGAAAAGCGUAAGAGACUUAUUUCUGAGAUACGGAGUGCUUUAAAUGUUCAUAAUGAUCAAGUUCUUGAUGACAAACUACUGUUUCUCAUAGACACAGUCAUGAAGCACUAUUUUGAACUCUUCGAGAUGAAAACAAGUGCUGCAAAUUUAGAUGUCUUCAGUGUUGUUUCUGCUAUUUGGUGCACAACAGCUGAACGCAAUUUGUUGUGGAUUGGAGGCUUUCGCCCUUCUCAAUUGCUUCAGGUUAUUCUGCCUCAAGUUCAGCAUUCAUGCUCCCAGCAACAACUUUCUGAUAUUUUUAGUUUUGUACAAUCCUGUCAACAAGCAGAAGAUGCUCUUGCACAAGGCAUGGAAAAACUCCAGCAAAACCUUGACAAAGCAACAGCAGCUGGUGACAAAGCAUUAAAACUGACGUGUGUCUCACAACAAAUGUCAUUUUUAAAGCAGGCCAAUCAUGUUCGCCAGCAAUUCUUGUAUCAAUUAUCUCGUCUCCUUACAAUUUGUCAGUAUGCUGAAUUCUUACUUGCCUUCGGAGAAUGCCUCUAUAACUCCCAGCCUUGGAGCUCACUUUGAGCAUCAUCCAUCAUGCUUCCGUUCAUCACAAUGAGACCAUACUAUAUUAUAAUACAAAUAAACUUUGCAUCGGAUCAAUGUGCAUGUAUCCUUUGCUUAGGUUACUAUAAUUGUAUGUAGUUUUGCCAAGAUAGCGGUGUAUUGUUAUUUUGACAUUAUUAAAUAGAGUAUAAAUGUGAUUUAUUAUAUAUUUGAAAUUAAAAUUUGAGAUAUUCAACA